UGUUCCCUCAUUCUUUCUAGUUCAUGUCCUUGAUUUUGUUUUUGUUUAUGCGGUUUGUGUUGUUUUACUUCUAUGGCCCGUUAAGAUUGGGGUACUCGCUGACUUAAAUAGCGUACACGUUCUUGUUCAUUCUUCAACUGAACACUCAAUUUUUGUGGGCCGCUGAUUCUUUAAGGAAAAAUUAUAAGUAAAAAAAGCGAACAUAUCGCGUGCGGUUACACUGGGGAUCUAGUGUCUUUUUUCUCCUUGUUUAGCUGGGACAACAGGGAAAUCAAGUAUCUAUCGUCUUGGGUCCUGGCACGGAUUUGGGGACACUAUAUGAUCCAUUUUUUGGGCAUUAGAAUGUGAUACUUCAGGGCACUGGGUUCCUCCGUAGGCAGUUCGCCUUGAUCAUAGCGGCUGCUGCGGCUACUUUGUUCAUCUCUACCAUUUAAUUUUUGGCGUUUCUUGCUUCGGUUAAAUGUUUUGUGUAGUAAUGUAGUUCAUCUUCAUCCUAAAUCGAGCAAAUAUUUCUGUUUAUUGGAUCGUCUUUUUGGAGGCACAUCAUUAUGAAAAUUGGGUUUCAUCUGCCUAAUACGACUUCUAGAAUUUGUAGUUACGGACUCGUGAGGACUGCUAUAUUGUCAAAAGCGCUUGGCAUGCUAGAACUUGCGGUGGACUGGGCGACUUAAUCUGUCUAAAAAAACGUAAACGAAUAAAAUACGAAUAUAUAUAUAUCUACUUUUUAAUUAUAGCUAAUCAUGCAAGGUUUGGUGAUUGGGGGUCUACGGAGACCCCAUUUUAUGAAAUAUCUGUGAGAUAUUAACAACAAGUUUCAGACAUUCCUUGAUGAGAAAGCUACGAGUAUCAACUCAUAACAGCAAAGUAAUUAAAAUGCACACUAACAUUGAGGCAGCCGUAACAUGAUCAUAAACAUAAUCAAAAGUAAAGAGCCAAGUUGGGCAGUUAAAGCUUGAAGGUGCAUAAAGAUAGCGUCGUUCACAAUUUAGCAUCACCAGUUUAUAAGCUUAAUCAAAAGUUUGAAAGAGCAAAGUUGCAGAGUUAAAGUUUGAAGGUUUCUAAUCUUUUGGAUACCAAAACUAGGUCUUAGUUCUAAUAUUUUAAUUCCUAUAUAAAAUGUAAGUGCAGUUAUAAACUUAUAAUCAUAGGCACAUAAAUACAUACAUAUAUUCAUACAUAUUUCUAAUUAAAAUCGCAUGCAACAUGAAAAGGAAUGAGAAAAGAAAAUCUGCAUAAAGGAAGAAGGAAAAAACUACUUCAGAUCACAAAAGGGAAAGAAAAAUGAUCUGCCUCGGACAACAAAAAAAAAAGAUGAAGAAAAAGAGGAAAACAGAAAAUGUCUCAGGUUUUGAAUGCUUGGUUGAGCCUAGGUGUGCUAGGCAAUAGCCUAGGCAUUUCCAAAAGGUGAUUCACUCAGUAGCAGCCAACCUUGGCAACCAGCCAAGGGUAGGUGCCUUGAGGUUUGUGUGAUUUUCCUGCUAUAACCUAUUAGAUUUAGUGGGACUCACUGGGUUUAAUAGUGAAUAGUGUACAUGUUCUCGUUCAUUCUUCAAUUGAACUCUUAAAUUUAGGUCCUCAGUUGAUUUGGGUAAGGGAAAAUUAUAAUCUCUGAAAGGCAAAAAAGAAUCAUAUAUGAUUUGAUUGGCAGAGAAAGGAACUCAAAGAUCCAUUUUUUGAAUCCUGGCACUGAUUUUCAUUUAAUAACAGAGUUCUAGAGUACAUAUAUUUGCAGCACCUAGCUUAUAUUUGUAAAAAGUAUGUUUUUUCUUUUUAUUAACUGGGGAUUUUCUUUCUUUCGGACCAACGGCAAAAUGGGGAAAACACAUUUUGGUUGAGAGUAUUUGCCACUCACUUGGAGUUGCAAAAUCCCAAGGCUACUACUCCCAGCGACAGGGACUAUGCAUGUUUUGGCUUGCUCUGAUAACUGACACCUAUGGAGCUCACACCUCGACUGCCCAUUGAAACAGUUGAGGCCUGCUGCACUUCACUGACAUAAAAGCAUGUUUUUCAAAAGAUGAGGCUUGAUAAACAUGCAAUGGAUCAGAAAUGUUGUGACAAAGUGAAGUACAUGCUCAAGCAAGCUCACGAGCAUGCUAUUGCAAAAGUUGUCUGGGUCCCUCCAGAGUUUGGUGAUGCAAUUGUUUGUGUUUGUAUUGACGGGAGUUUCUCACUGUGGGAAGAAACUGAUGAAGGGAAAACAAAUCUGACAUGGAAGCUGUGUAAACUGUUUGAGAUCAAAGAAAUUCGAGUGCUUGAUCUUAAUUUUGGGAACUGUGGGAAAAAUUUGAAGUUGGCAGCUGCUUGUGCUGAUGGGCAUAUCAGAGUUUAUGAGUUGCUGGACCCACUUGAACUAAAGGAAUGGCAGCUUCAGGCAGAAUUUCAGAAUGUAUCAGACACAGUUGCUAGAUUUGUUAAACCCUUAUGCUUGUCUGCUUCUAUUGCUUGGAGUCCACAAAGGGCUGAAUCACAACGUUCAAUGUUCAUCCUUGGUUUUAACUCAGAUACAUCACAGCUAAAUUCCUCGAAGGUGUGGGAAUUUGAUGAGGCUCAUCAAAGAUGGAAACAUGUUGCUGAGUUGUCUUUACCUGGCGACCAGGGGGAUCCAGUGUAUGCUGUUGCUUGGGCUCCAAAUAUUGGCAGGCCUUAUGAGGUAGUAGCUGUUGCAACAUGCAAAGGAAUUGCAAUAUGGCACCUGGGACUCAAACCUGAUACUGAUGGAAGGAUAUCAUCUGAGAAAGUUGCAUUGCUUUCUGGUCACGAUGGGGAGGUAUGGCAAUUGGAAUGGGAUAUGAGCGGUAUGACAUUAGCUACUUCUGGAAGUGAUGGUAUGGUUAGGCUGUGGCAGUCAAAUUUGAAUGGUGUCUGGCAUGAACAAGCCACCCUGGAUGGUAUAUGAGGAAACAAAAAUGAAGUUACAUAUGACAUUAUGCCUGGUUCGGAGAUAAUAGGUUUCCUUUGAGGACAUGAAGCUGUUUUUUUAAUCACUUGUGCUAUCUACCUUCAACCAUGCAUGGUGAUAUGCCUUCCAACUUGAUCAAGUUCAAGUACAUGUGUGAGAGCAGAUUGGUGGUUUCCAGAGUUUCUCAAAUGCUGGAUGACAUCGGUUUUAUCAAAUGUAUGCUUUCUUCAGAGGUGGUAACCUGUAAAAAAAUUAAUGUAUUCAUGGAUUUAUAUUUUGACUAUCUGUUACCUAUGAAAAGGUUUAGUAUACGCGGAUUCAAUUUUGAUUA